AGCCCUUUACACAUCGCCGCAGAGAACGGAAACAUAAAUAUUAUAAAACUAUUACUCGAGCAUAGAGUGGAUGUAUUGGCAAAGGAUGGCAACGGGUUUACAGCUAUGGAUAUCGCGGAACAGAGCGGACAUAAACUUGUUAUGCAAUUACUUAAAGAUGCUGUCGAUGAUUUGGAGAGAACUCGUCAUGAAUUGUAUGAAUCUCUGUGUAUUUGCUGCUCUAAAGGCAAUGCAAUGGAAACGAAAGACAUUCUGGAGAAGUGUGGAACCGAUGCGGAAGUGAUUGUCAAUAAGACCCCGAGUGGUUGCAACACAUUGUUGUUUAAGGCGUGUCAGGACGGCUACACCAAUAUCGUCGAGUUGUUGAUUAGUGCGGGAGCGGACGGUCGUAUUCAUCCGGUGACCAAAUACUCGCCGCUGUAUAUCGCGUGCUAUUUGGGACGCAAAGAAAUC